CCUGUACAAAUUUAGAUAUGUGUUGAAGGAUAAAUCUGUUCAGCAAAAAUUGGAUUCAAAUUUUUUAUAUGUAUUUGAUAUUGUAAGAUUUUGCGUUGUGAAGUAAAUGGAAGAAGACAACGGUUUCGACCCUAUGGAACAGUUAGAAGAUGGAAUUCACGUUGUCAAUUCUUCUAAUGAAAUACAGAAAUUAGUACUAGAAGAGGCCGACAAGAAAUAUCAGUUGCUGACUCUUGCUCUCUCCCGUAUCAAGAAAGAUAUAACUCGGCGAAAUGCAGAUGAAUAUCAAAUCAACCUGAAACUAAUGUGGUUUUCAGAUCAUGAAUAUUAUAUACGUUGGAGGACGCAGGAACUCAUGGAUCUUGAACGUUGCCUAGUUAAACCUGAGAUUCAUUUACCCAAGAAUGUAGGACCAAGUAGAACUGGUUUUUCACGUUUGCCUGAAAAAGAUGAUCCAGUUGCACCUUUCAGACCAGAUCGAAAACGCAGCCAAAAAAUGCUGAUCAAGAAAGGGAGGGUAGACACGCAUUAUUUGCAACAAGUUCAUGAUGAACUUCUGUCUUCAAAAAAAACCCAUGGAAUAACACCAUCUGGUGAACAAGAAGUCAACGAUCUGAUGGAGAGCAUGGCGCAAAGGAUCCAACAUGGGAACAAGAAUCGGGCAGAUGAAAUGAGAAUCUAUAACGAAAUGAGAAAAGUCAAUGAAACAAGAGAAAUUUACACUACACCAGAACCAAACAAUCAUAAUAGAAACUCAAAGCCAGAUAUAGAUUCGCAAAGAUUCAUACAAUGCAGGAUAAAUAUUCUGUUAGACGAGAUUGAGGAAAUGAAAAUGAAGCUAAAGGAACGUCAAUCUAGAUUUAUACGACUUAAAGCAGAAUUGAAACUUGUAAGAAAGAGCAUCAGUUGUUUGAAGAAGGAGCUUAAACAUGUUAACACAAAGAGAUCCAAAGCCUAUAAGCAUGCUUACGAGCUUGGAGUGCAAUUCAGUAAUACGACAGAAGAACUUGCACAAAUAGUUGAAGUAUCUAGUAAUUGGGAAAUAACACCAAAUGAAGCUGUGAAUGAAAGGAGUUUUGAAGCUGCUAAGGCUACCAAGGCAGCAAUAACUCUAAGGCAGCCUUUGCUCAAGAACAGGAUGAAAGUAUUGGCACACAUGAAGUACAUUUGGCUAUAAGAUCAAAAUUAACCUCAUCGACUUCCAACAAAAAGGAUGCCUCAAGUACAUUUGUGUUCUCUAGUAAAGGUAAUGCAAAUGUAACCAAAAAGAAGUUAAGAAAAAAGAAUGUUACAACUGGAUCACUUAUUGAACUUAUGGAUAGAUAUGGUUGAAUGUGGAAAUGCUUUUGUAUAUGAAAUGAACGGGGGUGCAAGGAUGAUAUUAUCGAACUUAUUGAGAGUAAAGGUGUGCAUGAUCAUAAUUAUUGGAUAGGAUAUUAUGUCUAUUAAUCUUUGUGGUGCAUAGAGUGACAGGAAGAGGAAGUGGGUAAAAACAUUUGUAUUGAACAUAACAUAAACGUUUUGGUAUUCAAGAAACAAAUUGAUUCAACUAGAGUUAUUCUAUGUUAAAGUAGUUAUAUAUGGGGGUAAUUAUCAGUUUGAGGCCGUUUGACCUUGAUUAAAUCAACGCUUUGUAAUUUGGGUAUUUAUUUUGUCUUUGUUCAAAGUCCAAGAUAUAGUUUGAAAUAUGCAAGAAUCAUCCUAACGCAACUCACUCUGUAAUACACAAUGAAAAAAUAAAUUAUACUAUAUCACAUUAUGUCUCCGUUUUGGCACUAAAAUCUGUAAAAUAAAAAGUAAAAUAACAGAAUUUGCUUUUUGAAAGGGCAAAAUUGUGAAUGUGCUUGCUUUCCAGAUAUGAAUCAUUUCCAUGCUUUGCGACCACGAAACUGUUUGCCAGCUGUCUUGGCCUUGAGCUUUUUCUGACGGCGUGA